AUGCCUCAUCACCUCGCAAGUCGAGUUGCUUUCCUCCUGUUUGCUCUGCUAGUGCAUCCAAGGCCGUGCUCCCCGACGCUGCGAAAGAAGUUUGAGGUUCUGCGUCUCAACGGAGGAGUUCAGUACUAUGAGGGGAUGAGGGACGAGAGGGGAAGGUCCAAGAGCAACCCAGGAAAGCUCAAGUUUAUGAAUGCGACUAUGAUCAACGAGGAGUGUCGGCGAUGGUUGGAGGCCGAGUACGCGGCCAGGCGACAUGCCAACUUCGAGAGGAAUCGGCAAGAAUGCACCCCUCGAAGCAAGUCUGCGCCCCAUGAGAUGCAAUUCUCUGCCUCUUCUUGUCCGAUCCCCACGGGAUCUGAUUUCAACACGAACCUCUCUCUCUUUCAAUCUCGCAUCUGGUCGACUGGGCAACCCGCCAUCUCCGGCCAACAGCUCAACUGGAGUGAGGUCACUAGCAAGUCAACAGUUCGCUCAAGCUCCUCCGAGGAAUGGCUUAACCAUCGGCUGCGUGGAGGUAAGCCCGAAUCGAAGAGUUCGGUCAGGAAGAAUGAGAGAACGUUCGUCCACAACAUGGGGUCCCCCCUCGGGGCAACAAGCCCGGGAGAGGAAGGCGGAGCUGCAGCGCAGGUGGAAGCAGCGCUCAAGAUGUUGGAGACGUGUGACAGCUCGAGGUCUGACAUGACAAGUCGAGAGGGGAUCGCACAGCUGCAAGCCUUGAGUGAGCAAGGGAAUGGUCGCGCAGCCUUUAAUUUAGCGCAAAUUUACGAGAGGGGCAAUUAUGGCAUGACAGCCGACGCUUCAAAGAGCUUGGAGCUCUUGCAGAAUUCGGCCUUGCAUGGUUAUCCACCUGCGAUGUACCAUAUAGGGAUCCGGUGCCUCUCGGGAAAGGGAGUCGCUCGAAAUGAGACCAUGGCGAUCGGAUGGUGGCGCAAGGCAUCGAGACUUGGCCAUGAAAAGUCGCAGAUGAGGCUCGGGGUGUACCUGCUGGAUCGGGGGCAGAGGACAACUGAUCCUCAAGGAGCUGCGAUGGUCAAGGAAGCCGUUGCGUUGCUAAACACGGCGAGCUCCCAAGGCCUUCCAGACGCAAAGUAUGUCCUUGGAGCAUACCUUCUAGCCGUAUCAAAGGGGUCCUCUGAACGAAAGGAGGCGCUCGCGUUGAUCCAAGCCGCGGCUGAUGUCGGGCAUGUACUUAGCUCAGCGGUCAUGGGUAGAAUUCUACUGAAAGGUGAUCCGAGCAUCAAAAGUGACGAGAUCAAAGCUGCGAAAUAUAUAGAGAAGGCUGCACUUGGCGGUGACGCGGACUCGCAGUAUCUUUAUGGAUGUCUGUUCAUGGAUGGUUUUCGAAGAGAAGUGGAAGAGUCGACGUCGACUGGAUCGAAGCAACAUGAUUCUAGCCCUGUUGGAAAGCUUGUUGAAGAAAGGGAUCCAAUAGUAGCCUUCGAAUGGUUCAAGAAAGCUGCAGAGAGUGGAUCGGCUGAAGCUCAAUACAAAGUUGCGAUGAGGCAGCUGCAGAAGUUUCGAGACAGUGACUUUCAGAGGACUGAGAAGGCGGAAGCUUUGGAUUUGCUCAAGAAAGCAGCGCAGGCUGGGCACAUGGAGGCAGCAUGGCAAAUGGCCCAUCAGCUAAUGAGCCUGGCAAGAACUCUCAGGGUUAAGGUUUCUCGCAAAAUUGUUGCAGAAGCUGGUCAAUGGCUGGAGGAAGCAGCACAUGGUGGCCAUGCCAAGGCGCAGCUCCUCUUGGGCCAGAGCAUGCGAGAUGGAAGGUUUGGCUUCGCCGAGAGCACGAAUAGAAGCAUAGCAACAGAGUGGUUGAAGCGAGCUGCAGAGGCUGGUGAAUUAGAAGCACAGGUGGAGUACGCUCUUGCUCUCGUUCGUGGCGAUGGCGUGAAGCAAGACGAGUCCUCAGCAAGGGAAUGGUUGUCAUUAGCUGCUGCUGCAGGCAACAUGCGAGCAAGAUACGAGCUUGCAAAGCACCUCCUUGCCAACGUCGGAGAACGAAAUUCCUUGUAUGAGGACAUAGCCAACCCAUCCAAGAAAGCUGUCGAUCUCUUGAGGGAUUGUGUGCAACAUGGUUAUCUCGACGCCAUGUAUGAGGUAUUGUUUCGAGCUGGAAACUGGAUGAUAAAGUCCAAUCGCACCGAAGCCAUUCACCUCUACAGGUCGCUGCUAGAGAAGCGCGAGGAUCCUGAAAUUGCCAUGGAAUUUGCCACAUUGCUCCUCGAAAACAAGUACAGGGACAUUCAGUCUCAUGGACGAGAAAGGGCCUUCGUGGACGAAGUCCGCGAGGGCCUCAAGUGGCUGAGAUUCGCAUUCAGCAACGACGUCGAAGGAGCAGAGAAGUCCCUGCGGGACGCGCAGCUGCAGUUCUCUCGCUUCCUCAACAUGCAAGAGAUGGCUGGCGAGUUGGGUGCGGGGCUCGAGCACCUCAACAUCUCUUACCCUGCUCACCUUGGGACCGGGAGGCUCCGGAUCACGCUGGUCCGACCUCGUAACCUGCCUAAGUGUGCGGCAGGGCAAGGCAAGGUUCCGAGCAAGCCGAAGCAGACGCAUGUCUACGUCACCUUGGAGUCAGAGCGACACGCCACCGCAGCUGACAGCGAGGAGGAGGAGGAGGGGGUGCAGGAGGUGGACAACUUCGAGAAGAGCUGGGAUGGAGAGCUGGGUGUGAGGUGGACGAAAGUCUAUCACUCCUCUCGAUUUAGGCACUUGAAACUGACGGGAGGGCACGGGAUGCGAGAGGCUCCGAUCUCCACCCUUGAGGUCCAGACGAGGAAGGUUUGGAACGAUACGUUUGCAUGCUACCUCAAUGGUUCUAAGAACGCAUUCCACCGCCCUAUGUCGCACAUAGAGUUGGCGCUGAGGCGCGAAGAGGCGAAAUUCCGCAAGGAGUUCAACGCCAAGGUUCUGAUCUCGACGGAUCAAGUAGUGGUGGACCAUGAAGGAACGACGUUGCCCUGGAGCAUCCUUCAGAAGGUCCCGAACCUCAACAGGAUCUACGAGCCGAUCGUGGCGAAGCAUCGAGACACCAAGUUCUUGAAUGAGUUCCAGGGAGACUUCGACACGAUCCUUGACUUCGACCCCUGGACGGAACGAUGCAAGAACGGCGACUGGAAGGUACCAGGAAGGAACAGAGAAUUCUAUGACUGGCACGGGCCAUGGUACGAGUGGCUGAGAAAGUACACCAAGGGCUUGUUGACGAGGAAAGACGUUCCCGCGGGGUCCCUUCCUCCGUACAUGAAGAAGACCGAGAUAAGAAGGCAGAUCCGAAAGUUGGCGUGGGAGAAGGUCAAGACGAUCCAUGUUGCGAGAGAGAAGCGCCGCUUGAAGAAAAAGCUUCAGCAAGCUCAGUCCAAAGACACCAAGACGAGCUCCGGGAGACCUCGCCGAGAGGGGAGGCGGGGGGAUCUCUCCUCGUCCAUGGAGGAGUACUCUCAGGAGGAGACGCAGCCAAGAGUCGUCAGGCCUCAGCCUUCCGAUCCGACCAGCGAGCCUCCCAAGAUGUCCAAGUUGUGCAGCAAGAGCUCGUUCCUUCAGAGCCUGUUAAGAGCCAACUGA